GAGCAUGCGUACUGCUAUCCUUUCUUGCUUUACACGCGUGUAAUAUUCACACUUUGGGAAAGUCUGUGUUUAAGACAGAAUUCCGGAAAAUAUAAGACAUAUUUUCCACCACUAUGGGAGGACAGGCUAAGGGCAAAAAGAAAGGGAAGCCGAAGAGGAAAGACAUCAACCCAAACCUGGAUCCAAGAUUUGUUGGAGUGUCACCUCAGGAAAGAAUGAAACUAAGAGCACAUGAAAAAGCUAAGAAGAAGUCAGCUGAGAAGUACUCUGUGCUGCAGCUUCUCGAAAAGACAGAGGAAUGCAUGGACAGUUUUGAUUUUGAGAUGGCUCGCCUUUUCUGUCAACGAGCCCUGGAUGUGGAGUCCUCAAACCUACAAGCCUUGGACAUGCAGGGACACAUCUGCUCUGAACUAGGAGACACAGAAAAAGCUAAGGAAGCUUUUUUGCGUGCAGUGGAGCUGAGCCCAGAUGUAGGCCACAGUAAGUACAUGUAUCUAGGACAAAUCAACACCGGCCAGGAGUCUGUGGACUUCUACACUAAAGGAAUACAAGUGUUGCUGUCUGCAUUGGAAAAACAAGCCCAGAUCACACAGUCUGAGGCUGCAGCUGCUGCCCCAGCAGAUGAAGACGCUGAGCUCCCCACAGCGAAGGAUGUUUGUGUAGCCUACUGCUCAGUGGCAGAGAUUUAUCUCACCGACCUCUGUAUGGAAGAGGGGGCUGGAGACAAAUGCAAAGAGCUAAUUGAGAGAGCAUUACAGUAUCACCAUGACAACCCUGAGGCUCUACAGCUCAUGGCAAGUUACCUGUUCAGUACAGAGAGAAACCAGGAAGGCAAAGAGUACCUGUUGAAAAGUGUUGGAUUGUGGCUGCCUGCACAGGAACAGAGUGCAGCUUCUUCCAGCACAGACGAAGACAUGCAGAAUGAGAUCCCUCCAUACGAGUCACGUGUCACCACAGCCAAACUGCUCCUUGAAUCUGAGGAAUUUGAGGUGGCGGUAGAUGUGUUGGAGGGUCUCCUGGAAGAGGACGAUGAAGUCGUCCAGGUGUGGUAUCUCUCCGGCUGGGUGUGCUACCUCCAGCUGGAGAAAGCCAAAGAACUGCAGGAAAGAGAGGGAAGAGAAGUGACGGAGGAGGAGACGGAGGAGUGGAAGUCGUUGCAGGAGGUGGCCAGAUCGUACCUGACCAAUGCUAAGAAGCUGUACAUUAAGCUGCGAUGUGAUGACCAGCCGAUGUCGGAGCAUGUGGAACAGCUGCUCAGUGAUCUGGGAGGAGAGCUAGAGGGAGAGGAGGAAGAUCCUUUGUUGGAUGAAGACUAUGAACCCUGUAGUGAUGAGGAGGAGGAGGAGGAGGAGGAUGCUGCAGAGGCACCCAUGGAACACUGACCACAGCCUCCUUUACUUUUAUUCUGUCAUUUCCGUCUGCUUCCCUCUAGUGAAAGGUUGUAGUGCACUCUCUAAAGUGCCUUUUGUGCUGGUUAUCCUUUUACACCAGUUUAUCAGAGAUGGAAUUUGAAGUGAGUUUCACAAAAAAAGAGUGGCAUUAAAAGCUGCAGUCUCCUAAAUCUCUUUCAGUCAGUUGUUUAAUGCGUUUGGUGAAAUAAGCUCAUACUUGACUAAAUGCUUCCCUUAAUCUCCUUGACAGAUGUUGAUGAAAGAAAUCAGUUUUAGAGCUUUACUUCUUACCAGCAGCAAAAGCAAAACACCUCCGAAUGCUUUACCUCUUAUACACACCCACACAUUGGUUUUUACAAGCAAACAAAAACACCUUCAGUUUAAUUACUUUAUCUUUCUUUAAUACGAUAGCAGCAGUAGUAGCAGUGUUUCCUUCUCAGACUGCAGACAAAUGAAAUAUCUCAACAGGAAGUGGGCUUUAUUAUAAAACUGUGUCUGCCAACAAACA